AUGGGAAAACAAAUUCCAUUUACAUAUUCCGAUCAUACAGUUUUACUAGACAUUCCUAAUACGACUUGUAUAAAUGAACAUGCUUAUCGUCUUAUAGAUCAAUGGCGUUUACCAAUUUUUGUUUUUCCAAAAUUACAAGAAGCACUUCGAUUAUUUUUCAAUGAACAAACUCAAAUCAUUGCUGAUGAAACAACUCAAUUAGCUGUUCAACCUUUUAUUGAAGGACAAUUCGAAAUACAAACACUUCUCGAUCAAUGGUUUAAUCUUGUUCAAGAAUGUAAAGCCUACAUACAUAAUUUUGAACGACCUAGUGAUGAACAUAUUUUUUCAAAUGCAUUUCAAAAUGUUCUUCAUACAGGAAAUAAUUAUGAAUUACUUCUUCAUCUUGAAUAUAUUUAUCAAAGUGAAAUAGCAGAUAUGUUAAAACAACGUGAUAAACAAAUACAAGAAUUUGAUACAAAACAUCAUCGAGAAAUGCAAGAAGUUGUUAGUGAACCAACAGAUAAAUAUCCGGAUGUUUAUGUUCGAAAUCUUGCACAAAAACAUAUGGAAGAUAAACAGUCCGUUGAAGGCAAAUGGAAUAGUACUAUAACAGCAGUUAAAGAUCGUCAAAAACAACAAUUUAAAGAUCGUGUUAUGCAACUACAUGAAGAAAGUUUAGUAUCGAAUAGUUUACAAAGUUCGAAUGGUAGCAAUAAAAUAUAUACACGUCUUAAUGCAAUACCAUCAUCACCAUUAUCUGUUGUAAUUGCUGUACCUGAUACAACAUUACAUGAACGUCGUUUAGAAACAAGUUAUACUGUACAACUUGGUGCACAAUUAAAAUCAAUGUAUAAUCUUCGUUUAAUUCGUUGUGAUAUGCUUGAUUAUUGUCGUUUAAAAACUGAGAAAAAAGAUAAUAAAAUUUUAUUUGAACCACAACGUCUUCAAACACUUAUGUCACUUUAUUCAAGUUCACUUUGUGGUCUUGUAUUACUUGUACCAAAACGAAUUCGUUUAACAACUUCUGAUAUUAAAGAAGAAUUUGCUUCUGUAUGUGAACGUUCAACUGAUUUUCAUUUUCCAUCAUUUGAACAACAAUUAUCAAGUAUUGAAGAAUGUCUUCAAAAAGCUAAUCAAGUUCGAUUAACAGCAUCUCCUAGUCUCGAUUCAAAUUCAAUAACAAGCAAACAAAGUGAUACUUCUAUAGAAGUAAGUGACAAUGAAUCAUAUCUUCAUUCUUCUAUAGAACAUAAAAAAAAGUAUCUUUGA